CGUCCGGUCUCCAUCCAGAAUGACCCCAAGGGAAUCCUCAAGGAAACCGAUGGUGCUAUGCGCCUCUUGUCAAACAGCGCCCUAGUCAUCGUUCGACAGCUCGAGAUGCUCAACGUGUUCAUGGGAUUCGAGCAGGCAAAUCGUUACGCCAUCAUGACGGUCCAAGGCGAACAUGUCGGUUACCUAGCCGAGGAGGACCAAGGUAUGCUCGGCACAAUGUCUCGUCAAGUACUGCGCACACACAGGCCCUUCAGAGCGGUUAUCAUGGACCGUGAAGGUAUUCCUGUGCUUUGGAUACGCCGUCCAUUCGCUCUCAUCAAUUCGCGGAUGUAUGUGCAUGCCCAGGAAUCACAGCUGGACGGAUCCCAUGACAGUAGCAUGAUCGUAGGCGAAGUUCAACAGGAAUGGCACCCUUGGCGUCGCAAAUACAACGUUUUCAAAAAUCGGGAAGAUACCUACAAGCAAUUCAGCAAGGUCGAUAGCGGGCUUUGGGCCUGGCAGUUCCUUAUGAAGAACGCGCAAGACAAUGUGAUCGCCUCUAUCGACCGGAAUUUUUCAGGAUUGGCACGAGAAUUGUUCACAGACACUGGUCAAUACGUCAUCCGGUUCGACGCUGUACAAGAGGAACUCGGGUUACCCAUCACGGCCCCAAUGUCUCCAGACAGCCGUGAUGUGUCGCAGGAAGCGCCUCGUCAAGCUACCGACUUGACCCUCGACGAAAGAGCCAUGUGCUUGGCACUCGCCUGUAACAUCGAUAUUGACUACUUCAGCCGGAUGGGAAGGGGCGGCAUGGGCUUCCCGAUGUUCAUGUGGGGAGGUGGCUCGAGUGAAUUG